AUGGCCGGAGAGAAUGUGUUACCACCACCCCCAUCAACAUCGACGUUGUUGAAUACUACAGGUGGUGUUGAAAACAACAACAACAACAACAACACGAAUAAAACAAGUAAAGACGUCAUCAAAUACAUAGAGCUUGGCGACGAAACGUACAACGUCCACGACGUCGUCUCCAUGAAAGCACCGGAAGGAGAAAAGCCGUACAUUGCGAAAAUUUUACGCUUCGACGUGCACGCAGACGAGAAGGAGAAGAAGAAAGCGGACAAGAACAAUGAAGACAAGAAAGAAACGGACGAAGAAAUAGAGAACAGAGCGGAUAAAAUAAACGUGCACGUGUCGUGGUACUACCGACCGGAAGAAUCGGCUUCGGGACGGAAAGCGUUCCACGGCGAACACGAGGUAUUCGCGAGCGACCACACCGAUUGGGUAAAAGCGAGCACGAUUGAAAGUAAAAUACACGUGUACACUUUAGCGGAUUAUCAAGAGUUGCAAUCGGUCAACGAAAAAUCUUUCUUCAGCAGGUUUGCCUACAAAGCGGCGACGAGCGAGUUUAAACCGGACCACGUGCAAGUAUUUUGUAAGUGCUCGAUGCCGUAUAACCCGGAUUUGUUCAUGGUCGAGUGCGGCGAAUGUAAAGAGUGGUUCCAUCCCGAGUGCAUUGGAACAUCGAGAGAGGAUCUGGAUAAGAACUUGAAAAACAGCGAUUCGGAGUGGUUUUGUGACGAGUGCGUUCGGACGCACAAGCGCCCGAAAAUUACGUAA